UAAGAUUAAGAUUAGAGGAGUAAAUUCAGUGUGUGUGUGAUUAAUGGAGACAGACAGUCGCCUCUCUCCCUGCCUGUUCACCACACAGCAGAUCAGCAGAUAGGGGCACAUACUGCAAGGAGCCCGGGUGACAUUUUUAAAGCCUCGUAUCAAUCAGCGUGGAGGAAAAGGCUCCUGGAGGUUUAUAAUGUUUGAGUUUCAGUGAAGUCCCUGUUGAACUCAGGAGGCAUCUUUCAAGUUGAAUCACUGGAGUGUAGGUGACUGCUGAGCAAUAGGAGGUUCUGUCAGUUUCAGUGAGGCAGUAACCCCCCCUUUUCUUCCCUAGUUGGUACAUUCCAAUAAGAUAAAUGAAGCUCAGGUGAGCUGGUGGUUGUAGGUCACUAGUGUCCUGCCCCUUUACCACAACUUUUCUAUGUGACCAUAAAACCACACCUGACAUCUUGUAUUAAAGAUGGGAGAGAGGUUGCAAAGUCAAAAAAGAUUUGUUUGCUCUUAUUUUGAUUGUAAAGCUACGUUCAGUAAGUCAUGGAAGCUAGAGGCUCACCUUUGCAAACACACAGGAUUGAAACCUUUCUCCUGUGAGAACUGUGACAAGAGCUUUUGCACUCGCUAUCAACUCACCAGACAUGAGCUCGGUCACAGUGGGGAAAAACCACACAAGUGUCUGGUUGAUGGAUGCUCUGAGGCGUUUGUCACAAAUGCCAGCAUGAAGAACCACAUGGCUCGAGUCCACCAUCACCAGGAAAAACUAUAUAAAUGUGACCAUCAAGGCUGUAAGAAGGAUUUCAACAAAAGGAGCCAACUGAAAGCCCAUAUGUGUGAGCACCAGCAGAUUCUGCCUUUUCAUUGUACGUUCAGUGGAUGCACAAAAGAAUUUCCCAGUCCUGGAAAGCUGAAGCAUCAUGAGAAAGUGCAUGAAGGUUACCCUUGUGAGACUGAAAUGUGUCCUUUCCUUGGAAAAACCUGGACAGAAUAUCUGAAGCACAGAAAAGAACAUAAAGUCAAGGUGCCGUGUGGAGUGUGUGAAAAGCUGUUCAACAACUCCUGGUUCUUGCAUCAGCACGAGCUGCGUGUUCACUCUGGGGAAAAGAGGAUGUUUUCGUGUCCCAGAGAAGGUUGUGACAAAAGGUUCACUUGUCGCUUCAACUUGGAGAGUCACGUACUGGGAGAUCAUGAGGGGAAGAAGCCGUUCAGCUGCGCCUACGCUGGCUGUGGGAAGAGCUUUGCCAUGAAGGAAAGCCUAUGGCGACAUGGAGUGGUGCAUGACCCAGCAAAGAAAAAGCUGAAGAAGCUGCAUCCUAAAAAGAAUCAGCCCUUGCGGAUGGCACAGCAGGUCAGACUGACAGCUGCAGCCAAUCGAGCGGAGGCCAGCAAGCUUGCUGCAAAGCUGCGCAAUACAACUUUGGAUGAAAAGUCUUGAGGCUGCAUUAGAGAUAUAAAUAUCUGCUUUGAUGUGUUCUUUAUGAGCGGCACAAUUAAAAGCAUAUUUUGGUUGCUAUA